GCAGCCUCCUCCCGCCACUUUGGCACUGUUCCAGGAGCACCCAAACUCCCCAGUGCCACCUUAGGAGCACACUCGGAGCUCGCUCGGAGCUCGCUCCCGCUACUGUCUCGCACCCGUCCCGCACCCGGCCCACCACUAGCUCUCCCUAAUUUAGGGCUCGCCGCCGCCAUUUUUCAGCAAAACGACCAAUAUCGCGAGCACUUUCUGCUAAUCUCAUCCAUUCACGACAAUCCACCAGUGUCACCACUCGUGGAACCAUCACCGAACACACAGUAACGGCCCCACCCUCCAGCGACCACCACCAGUGAUUGCACACCAGCACGUCCCCAACCACCCUCACCAGCGCUUGACUCAAGCGCAUCACAUUAGUCCAUAGCCAGCAACAACAAUCGUCCACCAACCAGCAUGAGUGUCAGCACCAGGGUAUACUCGGUGGCUCGCGUGUACGCCGACGCCAACAGCGUCCGUUCGGCCGACUACUGGGACUACGAGCACCACAAGAUCGGAUGGGGCAACAUCAAGAACUACGAGAUCAUCAGCAAAAUCGGCAGAGGCAAGUACUCGGAAGUGUUCCAGGGCGUCAACGUGCUAAACGACGAGCCCUGUGUCAUCAAGGUGUUGAAGCCGGUCAAGUUGAAGAAAAUCUACCGGGAAGUAAAGAUCUUACAGAACUUAACUGGCGGACCCAACGUUAUCGGCUUGUUGGACAUUGUCCGGGACGAACAGAGCAAGAUCCCUGCGCUCAUUUUCGAGAAAGUUAAUAACGUGGAUUUCCGAGUUUUAUACCCCAAGUUCUCCAUCUCCGACAUCCAGUACUACUUCACCCAGCUCUUGAUUGCAUUGGACUACUCCCACUCCAUGGGAAUCAUCCAUAGAGACGUUAAACCCCAGAACAUCAUGAUCGACCCGCUUACCAAGAAGCUCCGUUUGAUUGACUGGGGGCUCGCCGAGUUCUAUCACAUGGGAAUGGACUACAACGUCAGAGUGGCCUCCAGAUACCACAAGGGCCCGGAAUUGCUCAUCAACUUGCAGCAGUACGAUUACUCGCUUGACUUGUGGUCUGUUGGGUGUAUGCUUGCGGCCAUCAUCUUCAAAAAGGAGCCGUUCUUCAGAGGUGACUCCAAUAAUGACCAGUUGGUCCAAAUAGCAAAGGUAUUGGGUACAGACAAACUCAUGAAGUAUGUGGCAAAGUAUGGAAUUAAACUAAGCUCUGAGUACGAUGAUAUCUUGCACCAAUACUCUACCAAGCCAUGGGAAAGUUUUGUGAAUAAUGAUAAUAGACACAUGGUGAGCGAAGAAGUCAUCGACUUGAUCGACAAGUUGUUGACCUUUGACCACCAGUUGAGGCCCACUGCCAAGGAGGCCAUCGAGCAUCCGUUCUUCAAGUUGAGUUCAUAAGUGCUAGUAGAGCUAGCUUUUCGCAGUUCAAACCCGGAAAUUUCUGGGUCUACGUAAUGGUUACUGAUCUAAUGGAAGCAAUACGAUAAGUAGCUCUUAAUAAUAUUCGUAUAAUAACAUGAGUGUGAUUCA